UCAGCUGUAGUGUUAAUCGCCAUUUUGAAGUUCACUAGAUUUAUUAAGUUUGGUGUCUUUAGUUAGGUAUAUAUGGUUUGGUAAUAUACCUAGUAAUAUCACUAAUAUUUGGUUAUUUUUGGAAUUGGCGCUAAAGAAUGGAAUCCCCAGAAGUUGAACAAGUUGAUAAAGACCAAGAAACAGAAUAUCAAGUUAUACCUGUACAAUUAGUGGAGUCUUAUGAUAAUGUUGAUAUCACACCAUCAAACAGCUCAAACAAUGUAUCACUUAAAGUUAAUCUAAAAGGACGAUAUUAUAAACAAACAUAUCGCCCGGCCUGGGAGCAGAUGCCAGAUUUUAAGGGCUGGCUCAAGGGAGUUGAAGGAGAACCAACUAGAGCCUUUUGCACUUAUUGCCACAAAACUCUUCAUGCUCAUCGACUCAGUUUAUUAAAACACACUUGCACUAUUAGACAUCUAAAAGCCGCACAAAUAUAUAGUGCUAAAAAGAAUAAAAUCUUACACGGAAAGAAGGAACAGGAAGUUUCUUCGAAUACAGGAGUAUUGUUAGGUGAAAAUGAUGAUUUGGAAUCACCCGACAUGGAGGAUGGUGAUUCUGAUCACGACAAUGAAGAUGAAGAUGAGGGCGAAGAUAAAGCUUCUCUAGAAUUUCAGAUGGCCCAAAAGGAAUCCAUCCUGAAAUCAAAUACCAUCGAUGUGCCGCCAAUUUCAACACAGGUCACAGACAUGUGCAAAGGGAUACCGAUAGCUGGACUGCAAGUGAGUCUUUAUAAGCUGAUCGAUGGAAGAUGGACGUACAUCAAUGAAGGAAUCACUAAUGCCAGCGGCAGUUUCUCUCAAUUUCUAGAGAGAGGUGACUUUAUACCCGGGAGAUAUAAAUUACAUUAUGACGUUGAUAGAUACUUUGAGGUUAAGAAACAGAGUACAAUCUUUCCUUUCAUAGAAAUAGUGUUUGACUGUGCCACCUUUGCUGAUACUCAACAUAUCCCCUUGCUACUGAGUCCAUAUGGAUAUACGGCUCAUAAAGGUUGAGUUCCUGGGGAAAUUUGUUCAUUUAUAAAGUUCAGAUGCAAAAUUUAGAAAGAUCAUUGAGCAGAGUCAGUUGAAAUUUACAAAUAUCAAAAUUUACAAAAUGACAUUUGGUAGUGCAUACUCCUUAGCAUAAAAUUUCAAAGCAGCAAAUAAUGCUGGUACUAGAAAAUUAAUAUUUUGAAAUAAAACCUCAAAGUAUUCA